UAUCAACUCAACUCCCAAAGGAAAUUAAGAACUCUCACACUUGACACGUCAUCGUUACCCUCAAGGAACGGCUCGAAUCAGUUGGCGAUGAGGCUGAUAGUUCCUCUCCAGGGAGUGGUUCAAGGCCGCGGAGGCCUCUUCGUCGGCUCUCUCAUCCCUUGCUGCCUCUUCUACUUCCUCCAGCUCUACCUCAAACGACGCCGUUCUCCCCCUCCUCCUGAUUCCGACUCGACGGAGUUACCGAGGACCUCGUCUCGCUCCAGCCUCUUCACCCGCGGGAACUCCAUCGGACGUGUCCGAGUCUCCUCCAGAGCGGCUCCUCUCGCCAAGCCUCCCGAUUCGCCGUACUAUAUAGGGUUGGACAGAGUCAAGACCGAUCCGUACCAUCGGGUUACUAAUAGGGAUGGGAUUAUCCAGCUUGGUUUGGCUGAGAGCACUCUGUGCUUUGACUUGCUUCAGAGAUGGAUGUCUGAGAACUUGAUGGAGUCGUUGAUGAUGCAAUCUGAUGUUGAUGGUGGAUUCGAUGUCAGUAGCAUCGCCAUGUAUCAACCUUUCGAAGGGUUGCUAGAGGUCAGAGUGGCUUUUGCUGAUUUCAUGUCACGCAUAAUGGGAGGCAACGUGUCCUUUGACCCUUCAAACAUGGUGAUCACAGCCGGUGGGACUCCUGCUGUUGAAGUAUUGGCCUUCUGCUUGGCUGAUCAUGGAAACGCUUUUCUCAUUCCCUCCCCUUAUUAUCCAGGAUUUGACAGAGAUAUUAAGUUCAGGACAGGAGUCGAGCUUAUACCAGUACACUGCCGUAGCUCCGACAAUUUCACUGUAACGGUUUCCGCGCUUGAACAAGCUUUGUCUCAAGCUAGAAAGCGAGGGAGUAAGGUUUCCGGCAUCCUCUUUUCGAACCCUUCAAACCCUGUUGGCAACAUACUGUCGAGAGAGACGCUACACGCUAUUUUGAGCUUUGCUCAAGAGAAGAACAUCCACGUCAUCUCUGACGAGAUAUUCGCCGGUUCUGUUUACGGGGACAAGGAGUUUGUUAGCAUGGCGGAGGUAGCUGCCUCGGGGGAUUUCGAUAAGAGUAGGGUUCAUAUCAUCUACGGCUUGUCUAAAGACCUUUCCCUUCCCGGUUUUAGAACUGGAGUCAUCUAUUCCUUUCAUGAAGACGUUGUAAGCGCGGCCAAGAAGCUGAUGAGAUUUUGUUCUAUGCCUGUUCCAGUCCAGAGGAUACUCAUCUCUCUGCUGUCGGAUACAAGGUUUAUCGAGGAAUACAUGGCGGCCCACAGGCAGAGGAUCAGAGAUAAGCAUUUUCUCUUUGUGGAAGGUUUGAAGCAGUUAGGGAUUCCGUGUGCUGAGAGUGGUGGUGGGUUGUAUUGUUGGGUUGACAUGAGCAGUUUACUGACAUCUUACAGCGAGAAAGGGGAACUCGAGUUGUUUGAGAAGCUACUGAGUGUUGCUAAGAUUAAUGCCACUCCUGGAACAGCUUGUUAUUGUAUAGAACCGGGUUGGUUCAGGUGCUGUUUUACGGCUUUGGCUGAUGAAGACAUCCCAGUGAUCAUGGAACGGAUCAAACUGCUUGCUGAAUCAUCCACAUCUUGAGGCCAGCAAGCCAGAUUUUGGGAAAGCCAAAGUUGAUGUCAUUAGAAGCUGUAGUAACCUGAACAUGGUGAGAAUCAGCAGCUUCGACCUUCUCCUGUGGAAGACGUGGAAACAGCUCUUCCAAGAACGAAGCUCCCACGAGACUGGAAGCUCCCGUCAUGUAACUGCUCGUACUGUCAUCAGUAUCAUAGGCUGGCGAUGUUGGCAUCGAGCACGUCUCCCUGUUCAGGUUGUCAUCAAAUUCAUCCAUUGUAAAAGCACCUGAUAUCGGCACAGAGCUGAAGCAAUCACUGCUGGUUUCAGCCUCGCAACCGUACAGCGGUUGGUCCAAGGGGUCAGGUGGGUUGAAAUCAACAAAGCAAGGGUAUGGUUGUCCAGGAGUUUCUUCCCAAUGGAAUGGAACCGAUGUAACCAGCUUAACCGGAACUGGAACUGGCGGUGGUAAUGAAGGAGCCGUGACGGUUUUCGAUGGUGGUUGUGGAAGCUUAGGUGGGUCAUUUGCGGAAGAAGGAGCCGGUUUUCCAGGAGUCUCUUCCCAACAGAAAGGAACGGACGUAACCAGCUUAACUGGAACUGGGACCGGAGGUGGUAAUGGAGGAGUCUUGGAGGUUUCCGACGGUGGUUGUGGAAGCUUUAGUAGCACUUCUCCAGGGGUCUUUUCCCAACAGAAAGGAACGGAGGUGACAAGCUUAACCGGGACAGGGAUAGGUGGCGGAAGCGGAGGAGCAGAAGGCACGAAAGUGGCUAGUGAAGGUUGCCAGUUCUUCUUUGGUAAGCCAGGCCGUUCUUCCCAAACGAACGGCACAGAAGGAUGCUGCCUCGGUUGUUUUCUAGGUUGUGGUGGUGUCUCUGUUUCUUUGGGUUCCAUUUGUGACAUUUGCUCUUCUCUUUUUACUUGUGGUCUGGUUUAUUUAUAAAGUAAGUAUUGUUUGUGCAAGUG